AUGAUACCAAAGCACCUCGUCUGGUCCGUCGGCGUCAUCGACGAAAUCCAGAUGCUCGCCGACCCGCAGCGCGGAGGCGCAUGGACGAGCGCCGUGCUGGGUCUCGCGGCCAAGGAGCUGCAUUUGUGCGGCGAAGACACCGUGGUGGACCUCGUUCGAGAACUGUGCCGAAUGACGGGGGACGAGCUUAUCGUUAAUCGAUACGAACGUCUCACCCCUCUCGAAGUCGCGCCGUAUUCCUUGGAGGGGAAACUCAAAAACGUCGAUCGCGGGGAUUGCGUGGUGACGUUUUCGAGAAACGAUAUAUUCAUGACCAAGCGCAAGAUCGAAAAGGAAACGGGGCUCAGGUGUGCGGUCGUUUAUGGUCGGCUGCCGCCUGAAGUGAGGAGCGAACAGGCGCAGCUGUUUAAUGACGAGGAGAGCGGGUACGAUGUCAUUGUUGCGAGCGACUCGGUCGGGAUGGGCUUAAACCUCAAAAUUAAACGCGUUGUAUUCCUCAAAACCGAUAAAUGGAACGGCAAACAAGACGUACCGCUCUCAGUCCCACUCAUCAAACAAAUCGCAGGCCGAGCCGGACGAUUCGGGUUGAUCAAGUCCAAGGACAAAGACAAAGAUACAGACGCUGACGCGAGCUCGAACAAAACCCACCCGGGCUCAAUGAACGCUGCGCAAGUCGCUUCGAUCGCGGCCUCCCAGCCUCCAGGUCUGGUCACGGCCCUGCGCGACGACUCGCUCGAACGAGUCAAGGAAGCGCUAAGCACGUCGAAUCCCAAAGUCGAGCACGCACGAGUGGAUAUUGCGAAUCCGAACACCCAGGCUCUGGCACAAGCACUCCCACCAGGCACAGGCAUAACCGACCUGCUCGAAACGAUGCGCCUCCUCGCUCGUCUCCCACCACACACCAAACUCGGUCUUCCCAACCUCGAACAACGAGCGCCUAUGCCAUCCAAACUACACGUGUUCAACUUUGACUCGGACCGUCCGGACGACGUUUCGUUCGAUAUCGACCUCUUGACUCGUUCGCUCCCCAUUUCCGAACGCCUCGUUCUCGCGCAGGCGCCCGUGAGAUGGCGAGAUCCUACGGCGCGAAAGGCAGGGCUGGCGUUUAUCAAAGCGUACGAGGCGAAAAUGCACGUCAAUAUUCGGAAAGAGCUCCGCGGGUUCGGGUUGGUCGAGGCACUCGAGGACGUGCAAGAGUUAAAAGAAAAGUGGAGGAGACAGCAAAAGUAUACCAACAAGCGAAAGUUGCCGGAAGACUACCGGUCCUCGAUUCUCGAUCAAGACGAUCUUGCUCGGCUGGAUUCAACAACAUUGUCCAACUUGGAAUCCUUGCAUUCGACGUUGGUGUUGUACAUGUGGUUGUCGUUUAGGUUGCCAUUGGGAUUCUAUCAGGCUCCCGAGGCCCAGAUGAUGAAGGCUGAAGUCGAGAGGGGGAUCGAGUGGUGUCUCGAGAUGAUUCGGGAAGGGAAAAAGAAACAUGUCGAGAGGGUUAUGGAGAGUGAAGAAGAGAAAGACAGAGUGGAAAAGAUUGAAUAUCUCUCCAGGGAUGCGGUCCAAAAGUGGAGAAGAGAGGGAGCGACACCUACCGCUUGGUCGAAUUUGCUCGAUGGUGCACGACGAGCGGGAGAGGCCGUCUGA